CUUCACAACUAGGGUUUCUAUUGUUGUAAACCCCAAACUUUCUAAGCGCACCAUUUCGCUUUUAAACCCUACAUCCUUUUUGCUACUAUUCCGGCCAUCGGAAACGCUGAUCCUUACAAUGGUUGGGUGCAGAAGCUUGUUAAAGCAAAUUAGAAAAAGGAAGAGAAGAAAACCCCACAAACGUAUUCCCAAAAACCUCAAACAAAACCCUCAUUUAACUGAAGAACGACAACAAGAUUUCGCUACAGAAGACGGUUUCAGCUUAAAGGGUUCUUCCCCAUCACAGAAUUACGGAGUUCAACCAUUGGGAAACUUUUACCUCAGCUCAUCUCCUCACAACUCAAGAAACACAGGCUUAGGUAACAUCCAAACCCUAACCGAUGAGCUUGUCCUCGAUAUUCUAGGGUUUUUAAGAGGUACCGAUUUGGGGAUUUUAUCAACUGUGAGCAAAUCAUUUUACGUGUUCUGUAAUCACGAACCCCUUUGGAGAAAUCUCGUAUUGGACAAUUGUGAAAUCAAUAAUGGGUUUCUGUUUAAAGGGUCUUGGAAAUCAACUUUUGUUGCAGCUCAUAGCUCAUCUUUCGAUGUUUCAAAGAUUGGAUCUUUAGGGUUUAAAGUUAAAGACUUUUACUCUGAUUACUUAUUUCAAAGCUGGUUAUGUGCCAAUCUAGAAAUGAAAGACGAAUGGCUAAACAGAGACAAUAUCAUUAGAAGAAAAGGGAUUUCCCUUGAUGAAUUCGUGUCAAAUUUUGAAGAACCAAAUAAACCGGUCUUGUUAGAAGGGUGUUUGGACAAUUGGCCUGCAAUCAAGAAAUGGGACAAAGAUUAUUUAGUGAAAAUUUGUGGGGACACUCGGUUUUCAGUUGGCCCUGUUCAGAUGAAGUUGGAAGAUUACUUUACAUAUUCAAAUCAAGCACAAGAAGAAAGACCAUUAUAUCUUUUCGACCCAAAAUUCGCAAACAAAGUUCCUGAAUUAGGUCAAGAUUAUGAAAUCCCAAUCUAUUUCAGCGAGGAUUUGUUUGGUGUUUUGGGUGAUGAAAGACCGGAUUACAGAUGGAUCAUCAUCGGUCCAGCAGGGUCAGGUUCGUCUUUUCACAUUGAUCCUAAUUCGACUUCAGCUUGGAAUGCGGUGGUCAAAGGGUCAAAGAAAUGGGUUUUGUUUCCCCCUGAUGUGGUCCCACCCGGGGUCCACCCGAGCUCAGAUGGUGCUGAGGUGGCGUGUCCCGUGUCAAUAACCGAGUGGUUCAUGAACUUUUAUGAGUCUACUAAAACAUGGAAAAAGAAGCCUGUGGAAUGUGUUUGUAAAGCUGGUGAAGUGAUCUUUGUGCCUAAUGGAUGGUGGCAUUUGGUUAUAAAUCUUGAAGAUUCAAUUGCUAUUACACAGAAUUUUGUUAGCAGGAGGAAUUUGUUGAAUGUGUUGGAUUUUUUGAAGAAGCCAAAUGCGAGCACACUAGUGUCUGGAACUAGAGAUCGGGUGAAUUUAUAUGAUAAGUUUAAGAAAGCGAUUGAAUUGGGGUUUCCUGGAAUGAUUGAUGAAGUUGUGGUGAAAGAUCAGGAGAGAAAAGCUGAGCUGGCAAAACCAUCAUUUUGGGAUUCAGUAAAGGACUCGCACUCGGGUGCUUUUAAGUUCUCGUUUUAGUUGAAUGAUUAACUGAUUAUGGUUUUCAUUUCGCAUACUUUGUUGUUAAUUGAUUGGUCCAAAAUUUUGACUUAAAGAACCCUCCAGGAGAUGAUUUAUAGGGGUU